AAGGACACGAUGGAGCCGCUUCUUUUGGUCACCGUUCUCCUCCUUGCGCACGCGGUGGCUUACCUCGUGUGCACGGCCGUCGCCCGUCGGCGGCGCUCGCGGUGCUACCUGGUGGACUACGUGUGCCAUAAGCCGUCUGACGACCGCAAGGUGAGUACGGAGAUCGCCGGCAGUGUGGUCCUGCAUAACAAGCGCCUCAGCCUCCCCGAGUUCCGUUUUCUCCUCCGCGUCAUCGUCCGCUCUGGCAUCGGCGAGGAGAGCUACUGCCCGCGCAACAUCCUCGAGUGCCGCCAGGACGCGCCCACCCACCAGGACGCGCUCGACGAGAUGGACGCCUUCUUCGACGAAGCCAUCGCCGAUCUCUUCCUCAAGAGUGGCUUCCUUCCCGGCGACGUCGACGUGCUCGUCGUCAACGUAUGCAUGUUCUCCCCGGCGCCGUCGCUCGCCUGCAGGAUCGUGCACCGCUUCGGCAUGCGCGAGGACGUCGCCGCGUACAACCUCUCCGGCAUGGGGUGCAGCGCCGGCCUGGUCUCGCUGGAUCUCGCGCGCAACGUGCUGCGGACGCGGCCUACGUCGCUGGCUCUCGUGGUCUCGUCCGAGUCCAUCGCCCCCAACUGGUACACCGGAACCGACAGGUCCAUGAUGCUGGGAAACUGCCUCUUCCGCUGCGGAGGCUCCGCCGUGCUGCUCACCAACGACCCGUUGCUCCGCGGGCGUGCAAAGAUGGUGCUCCGCCAUCUCGUGCGCACAAACACCGCCGCCGACGACGAGGCGCACGCGUCCGCGCUGCAGCGCGAUGACGGCAACGGGCGCGUCGGGAUUAGCCUCAGCAAGGCCUUACCCAAGGCCGCCGUCCGGGCCUUGACCCUGAACCUGCGGAGCCUCAUCCCGCGCCUACUCCCCGUGUCCGAGCUCCUGCGGUUCGCUGCCCGGGACAUAUACAAGAAGUUUCGUCUAUCCGGCGUGCAUGUGAAGACAGAUAUUCGUCCCGGUCCGAUGAUCAACUUUAAGACCGGCAUGGAGCACUUCUGCCUCCACCCCGGCGGCACCAGAGUCAUUGAGGCAGUGAAGGACAGCCUCGGUGUUGAUGCGGACGACGUGGAGCCUUCGCAGAUGACACUGCACCGCUGGGGGAACACAUCAUCGAGCAGCCUGUGGUACGUUCUGUCUUAUAUGGAGGCCAAGGGGAGGCUAAAGAGAGGGGACAGGGCGCUCAUGCUCACCUUUGGGUCGGGAUUCAAGUGCAACAGUUGCCUGUGGGAGGUGACCGGUGACAUGGCUGACAAGGGAGCCUGGGCAGACUGCAUUGACGAAUACCCGCCGGAGAGCAGCACCAACCCCUACCUUGACAAGUACAGCUGGAUUGACGAAGGUCAGGGUGACACCCUGUUCUUUUAG